AUGUCUCCCUCUAGAGUCCCCUUGCCCAACAGCACUGUGGAUCGCUUCCCUCACAUUCAUGAUGACCCUUCCACUGUGCCCCGGUCCGUGGACCCCUUCACCAUCACCACCUCCACUGGCUUCCUGCCCUACCUCACUGCCCCUACCAAGCUGCCCGAUGUCUUCCAACCCCUGAUGUCCCUGCUUGAGCGGAUGCCAGUCCUCAAGGAGGAUGGUACUCCAGGUCUUCUUGCCAAGUAUGAGCUGGGCCCUGCCGUCCUGGCUGAGCUGCCCGACUUGACGGAUGAGAUCGACAAGCAGGUCACCGAUGAGGGGUUGCCGGACCUGUACAUGAUUGCUGCUCUGUUCCGGGACUAUUCGUUCCUCGCUUCGGCUUAUAUCCUUGAGCCAUGCUGGGAGAACUGGUGCAAGGACCCUGAGAGUGGCUAUGGGUUGGGGCGGGACCUGCUGCCCAAGACUGUAGCUCGUCCCAUGUACCGUUGUGCUCAGCUCUUGGACAUUCCUCCCUUCUUGUCCUAUGCAGCUGCAUACUCCCUCUUUAACUACACCUUGGCCGAACCAUCCAAGGGCCUGGUCUACCCUAACCUCAGAUUGGUCCGCGCCUUUGAGAAUGGCCUCGACCCCAAGAGCUCAGAGGCAGGAUUCAUCCUGACCCAUGUGGACAUGGUCAAGUACUCGAGCGGCCUGAUCAGCGGAGCUGUCAAAGUUGUCGACACCGUUGAGCAGGGCGGGCCCCGCUCGGUAGUCAACGACGGGUUCCGAGAGAUCCUGGAGUCGAUGGAAAAGAUCGAAGCAGCCAUGGAGGACAUGUGGGCCAACUCCAAGCCCCAGGACUACCUUUCCUUCCGCGUCUUCAUCUUCGGAAUCACUUCUCAGUCCAUGUUCCCGAACGGAGUCGUCUACGACGGGGUACUCGACAACAAGCCUCUUUUCUUCCGCGGAGAGAGUGGUGCAAACGACAGCAUGAUCCCACUGCUCGACCACCUUUGCCAGAUCCCCAUGCCCUCCAACCCGCUCACCAAGGUACUGCAUGAAUUCCGCGCCUACCGUCCGCUUCCCCACCGCGAGUUCCUCGCGCACAUCAACUCCAAGUCGGAAGAGGUCGGGGUGCGCAACUUUGCGCUGGCAGAUACCGAGACGGCAAUUCUUCUCCUGAAGACUCUCAACCACGUGCGCAGCUUCCGCUGGCGACACUGGCUGUUUGCCCGCGAGUACAUCAUUCGCCGCACGCCACACCCUACUGCUACUGGCGGAAGCCCUAUUGUUACGUGGCUCCCCAACCAGCUGUCUGCUGUGAUGGACUUGAUGAUUUCGGUCUACGACACGUAUCUGGCGCCUCAGAAGGGGGAUGGCCUUGGACCGGACGGACAGAAGGGCUACGAUGCGUAUGCGAAGCAGGUUGAGCCGAUGAUGGAGAUGGUGCGGGAUCAGCGGGAGAAGUUGGCGAAGGAGGUAGAGAAGUGGUGUCAGGAGAGGGGUGUAUAG